GAAUACAUAUAAAUGUGAGUGCACGUGGUUACCCGCGUGGGAACACGAUCUACGCAUGCGCGAGAAAUCGUUUUGGAGGGGCAAAACCGUUUGUCCAGUUAGACCGAUGAAGACUAAGAAUGGAAACGUUAUUUUGUAAUUCGUACUCUACACGUUUGUGCCAAUUUAACUAUUUUUUAUGUACCGUCACGUGGAUAUAAAAGUAGAUUCCAGUGAAACAUUGCCCAUAGUAACCGAAGGCAUUAACGUCCGAUAAAAAAUUAAUUUAUACAUAUAAAACGAUAUUUUAAAUACAACGACGUGAACAGCCUUAGAUGAUACGGAUGUUGUGUAAUUCCAUUGACUUAAUACAAAUCAGAAAAUCAGAAAAAUUUUACAAGCAACAAUGAAGUGAUCGCCAACAAUAAAUACACGAUUGUGUUUUGAUGUAAGUGAAAACACCUUGUACAUAUGGGUUUCUCAAAGAUGAUAAAACGCAUGCUGUAUGCGAACUUUGCGUCGUGUAGCUCGAAAGCAAUAGGAAUAUUAGCUCCGUUAACGAUUCCACCAUUGCAUAUUGCAUUUUUGUAUUACUUUUGGCAAGAGUACUCACGCGACGUCGAUAAGCAGUAUUGUUCGUGUUCAUGUUGGGACACGGUAUUCAAAGGAUCGUACGAAUCUGGCAUCGCUUCUUACAAGCACAUGUAUUUCAAUGCCACCGCAAAUACUUUAAAAAUAUGGACAACCGUUGUAAUCGGUGUAAUCACGUUUUACGAGACAAUGAAACAUUUGACGCGACUAGCAUUUCUAAAUCGUCUUAGAUUUUCUAUGAUGAUUCUUUUCUCGACUGCUAUCUUUUCGCAUUAUUAUACUUGGUGGGUUUAUAUGAAUUAUUGGAACGACGAAUUCUAUUCCCAAUGGUACCAUCAAUUGUUCUUUUCUAUCACCGAGCUGAUUUCUACUUUCCUGGUUGUACAUCUGGCGGAUAGUAAAAAUCCAGUAACUCAUAGAAAAGCAUUCGGAAUAGCUGCUAUAGCUAUUUUACAUAUCGUAGCAGGUGGUUGGGAUCAAUUUGUUGCUAACGUCGUUAGAGGAGAAGGUUACACGCAUCAGGUCGUACGUGAUCUUGGAUUUAUGAUCCCAGACAUUCUUCAUGUUGCUAUUCCAUUAUGGGCUGUUAAAUGGAAAAAUAUAUAUAAUCUUCCUGGUUCAGCCAAACGAGAUCCUAGUAUCAGAAGAGAUCUAGCAUAUAUGUUGGGAAUGAUAUGCAUUGGAUUGUGCAUUUGUGCCAUAUUGUAAUUCGACGAUUACAAUGCCUAAAAAUAGUGUCUUAAAGAUAAAAGAAACCAUUUAGUUUGAUUUAUUUUCUUAUAGAAAACUAAGGGAGACACGAGUAUCCGCAGAUAAACUUUAUUCAAAGAUACAAGUAUCUUUAUGAAAUGUUUUCAUAGUGCCAGUACUUAUGCUA